AUGGCCUGGGAGCUUGAAGAGGUUCAAGAGGAAGUUCAUGAAGCAGAAGCUCAGGAGGAAGUUCAUGAGCCAGCAGAGGAAGCCCCUGAAGAAGAGGAGAAGCCCAGAAUAAAACUGACUGCUCCUAAAAUACCGGAGGGUGAGAAGGUAGAUUUUGAUGACAUCCAAAAGAAAAGGCAGAACAAAGACCUGAUUGAACUGCAGGCCUUGAUUGACAGCCACUUUGAAGCUAGAAGAAAGGAAGAGGAAGAGCUGGUUGCCCUCAAGGAGAGGAUUGAGAAGCGCAGAGCUGAAAGAGCAGAGCAACAAAGAAUCCGGGCUGAGAAGGAGAAGGAGCGUCAGGCAAGGCUUGCGGAGGAAAAGGCACGGAGAGAGGAAGAAGAUGCCAAGAGAAAGGCUGAGGAUGAUCUCAAGAAGAAGAAGGCUCUGUCCUCCAUGGGUGCCACAUACAGCAGCUAUCUGGCUAAGGCUGAUCAGAAGAGAGGGAAGAAGCAAACAGCUAGAGAGACAAAGAAGAAGGUCCUGGCAGAGAGGCGCAAGCCCUUGAACAUCGACCACCUUAAUGAAGACAAGCUGAGGGACAAGGCUAAGGAACUGUGGGACUGGUUAUACCAACUGGAGACUGAAAAGUAUGACUUUACAGAGCAGAUCAAGAGGAAAAAAUAUGAGAUUUUAACAAUGCGUUGCAGGCUGCAGGAGCUUUCCAAGUUCAGCAAGAAGGCAGGAGCCAAGGGCAAGGUUGGCGGGCGCUGGAAGUAAAGAACCAGGCAGGAUGGCCCUUAGCGGUGUGCCGAAGCCCUGCUGGUCUCCUCUUUCCUCCUUCACCAACCACUUGUGUUCCCACGCCUCAACAAUAACAAAAAUCGCAACAUCAGCCUGGGUUAGCUAUUGCUGCUGCUUUUCUUCUUUUUCUUCCUGGAGGGGUCUGGCGGCUUCCUCAGUCAAAAGGAAGCAGGUUCUCUGUGAAACUCGGGUGACUCCUUGCUGGCAUCUUCAAUUCCUGCUAAGUGUGUCCUUUAUCCUCCUGAUACCAGCCCUAUGCUGUCCUGUAGAUUGCUGUGUACAAAUCUGUGGAUUUUGUAAAUAAAGCACGACCAGUACCUACUCCAA